AUGAAAAAGCAACUCAAUCAUGCUACUUCCUCCGCCGGAGAUCUUCCACCGCCGGCAAAACGAAUCCGACGAACCAAAACCAUCUGCUGUUGUUGCAGCUCUCCUCGUCCUCCUUUUCUCUCCGCUCAUUCCACUUUCUCAUGGUUCGAAGAAGAUAUUUGGACAGAGAUAGCGAAGUAUCUGGAUGCAAAAUCUCUGAUAAUGCUGGCAGCCACAAACCGAUGGUUCCGACGUACUAUCAUGGAUGAUGCUAUUUGGAAGUUUGUGUGUCUGCGUGAUCUUCAAGUUCCAUCUCCACCACCUGUGGCAUUCAAGUGGAGUAAGCUAUACACUUCAGCCUUUGAUGGGAGCCACUCCUUCAAGUUCCGUCAGCAGGAGAAACACAUUGAUUGGAUGCGUAUUGGUGCUUUUUUCUUUGAUUCUUCAGUGUCCCUCCUGACUGAGAGACUGACUUUUCCUGAGGAGUUAAAGAAAGAAGAAAGCUUGGAAGAGAUGUUGCAGUCUCACGGUUGUUGCUUUCUAGACAACAUUAAACCUGGAAUCUGGAUAGCUGAUCUGCAGCUUGUGCGAUGCCCGGUUUAACUCAAUACUUGCGAUGGAACAAUGCAGACAUUAGACGCAAGGCAUAUAGAACUAUUCCUCUGUGAAGGCUACCAAAACGGGAGCUGGGAGUAUGAGGUUGUCGGAUCUCAUGAUGUCAAGAAACGAGCAGAUGGGGCUACUGGCUCCAUUUUUGACAUCAAACACCUGCAGAGUUCUUCUACAGCUGCGGUAUUUGAUUACAAGUCUUGGAUUGGGAAACAUAAUGACUGGCAACCCAAGGCUAUGAUUGCUUUCCAUGCAGUAGCAGUGAACACUAAUUUACAAGAAAAUGAAGGUCUUCAUGUGAAAUACCAAGCUAUGAGGGAAGGACCUGAUGGAAAAGUUGUUUCCAUUCGAAUCUCUCAGCAGCUUCUGUGAUUCAUCUCAAACAUGUCUUCGACAAGGGCCCCGGGGUUGGGUAGUUCAUCCCUACCCUUUAAAAUGCAAUAUGACAUUUUUAUAUGAGACAAUAUUCUUACAACUGAAAACAACUAUUGUACACCCAUUCAUUAAUUCCCCAUAUG